AUGGCGAACCUUCACCUACCUACCCCAGCCUUUGUAAAAAGGUGUUUACAAAGGGGCACCAAACUCAACAGCCAAUCGGCUCGCAAGUUAUUAACCUCUCACCACCUUACUGUUACUUACUGGGCUUCACUUGACCUCAUCCAAUCAGAGCUCUCUCUCACCCUCACAUUUCCCAUUGGCCAAACCUUCCGCUGGAAACAAACUGGUCCUUUCCGGUACACCGGCACUCUCGGUCCUCACUUGAGUUUCUCGAGUUCCCUUCUUCGGAACGAUUAUUUUGGUUAUUUUUGUUUCACGGUGUAUGUGAGCGGGGCAAAAUAUAUAACUGGCACUGUAAAUGCUUUGCAAUUAAAACCUGGUGAAGGUGCAGAAUGGGUUACAGAUCUCUGUAAAUUGGAUCUCCAAGCGGUGAUUGAUGCUCUUUCUGCUUUACCUGGGGUUGGGCCCAAUGUAGGCUGCAUGGCUCUUUUCUCUCUUGAUCAACACCGUGCCAUUCCAGUAGAUACACAUGCGUAGCAAAUUGCUACAAAAUACAUCCUACCUAAACUUGCAGGUGCCCGCUUCACACCUAAGCUAUGCAGCCAAGUAGCAGAUGCAUUUGCAGGCAAAUAUGGGAAAUAUGCUGGAUGGGCACAAACUCUACUUUUCAUUGCUGAGCUGCCCUCACAAAAAAAUCUUUUACCUUCUCAAUUUGGGACUUUCAAAGAGAAUAAAUAUGCUAUCAAGAAAGGCAGCAAAGCUUAUAUUGACCCAUAGCUCUCAAUAUCUCCUGUAAUCAAAGAGUGGAAAAUAAUCUCUGAUGGUACUUGCGUUGGAGGGCGAUGUCUAAACUUUGCAAACUUACAGGUUGAGCAUCAGAGAAGUUAUUUUGAAACCUGCAUUUUUACAACAUGUGGCACUUCAGUAGAAGAAAGAGUUCAGGUGAUCUCAAUCCACUUUGAUCUUUUUAAUAUUAUAACUCCAGCUUCUUUUUUUUUUUUUUACCUGAAAGUGUACCAAAGAUAAUCAGACGUAUCUUUUGUUGUGCUCAUGUGAUCUAACAAGGUUUUUGCUCUUAAAGAAGUCUUAUCAAAUGUAGCAAUAGUUUCUUUGUAUUCUUCCCAUCUUUCUAUUGAGUUGAACUUCUGGUUCUUUAUGACAGACCUUGUACUUGAUUGUGUGUUUACCUGUUCAAGGAGCAAUUCAUAAGAAAAAAUAAUUCAAUUACUUAAUUCUUUAGUUAUUGCAUUUGUAACACAUAUUUUAUAGAGAAUUUUUUAUUUGUUCUUGAUGUAAUCUAAAAUCAUUGCAGUCAAGCAAAUAAAAAAACAACAAUGUGAAAAACCUUAUAAAAUUUAGGAAACUGUCCCAGUAUGAUAAGAAAUUGAGUACCGUGCACUUAGGCCUUACCUGUGCUGUAUUAAAGGUUAUGGUCUUGCAGUCUGGUAGAAUGCUGAUUGACUUGUGAGGCAACUCAUAUGAAAUAUUUUGAAAGAGGACUUUGACAUCUUUUCUCAUAUCAUUAUUUACCAGAAAGGCCACACAUUCCCCUGAAUUUCCUCUGAAAACAUAAGCCUGAAUAGGGGAAGAAAUUCAAUCUAAACUUAAUUACGCUUAAAUAUUGCUCUAAAGAGAAUAAUUAACACUUACAAGAUUCAGAAAGAAACACACUGAAGUUCUUUAGUUUGCUUACUUCUUGUAGUUUACCCAAAGGGAAGGUAUCGUGUGCUCCAUUAAGUAAUGUCUUUGAGCAUGACUUUAUUGUGGUAUGCAAUUCCUUGAGAUGACCCCAUUUUGGUUGCCUAAUUAAACCUGAACUCAUCAAUUGAGUAAUUUACGUUGUAAUUUUAGAAAUUAAUGUGAUUAGCACACAAUAUUUAGUAACACAUACCAUACUCGUCAAGGGGGGCUUGAUCAUAGUAACUUGUUAUUACAAAUGCGGAGGCUGUUCUUCCAAAAUUGGUUCCUCCAUGAUACUGUAAGCAGAGUCACGUUUUCAGGAAAAAAAUUGUUGUUGUUAUUGCACUUUAUUUGCAAUUAUGAUUAUGUUAAAUCAGAGAGAGAAUUAAAAUUUCUCACUAAAUUUAAUGUUUAUUGUGUUUAUGUACUAGCAAAUAUAGAUUAUUAAGGAAUUGUAAACUAAAAAAGCAUGGAAUGCACUACAUGAGGAUGAUAAAGAGAGUCGAAGAAUGUGAUUAUCAUACCAUGUAGUAAUUUAUGUAGCUUCCAUUUUUUGCAAUGAAUAAAGCAACAUGAAAUGCUAUGUCUUGAGCUGAUCUCAUGUAUGUCUCUCCACCAUAUGCUUGAUAGCUUCAGAGAACAUGAAGGCUUUAAUUAGUUUCAACUUAUAAAAUCUUGCUUUUCCAUUUCAUUUGCUAGAUUGGUUUCACAAAAAUAUUGAUGGUACGUCUUCGCAUUUUUUUUUUCUCUUCAUAAAAAUUAUUGCAAAUAAGCUGCACUGCUAGCCAUCUUAUUGCAAUAGCUAAUUAUUACUUGUUAGCACUCUUUUCUUUCUUCGUAUUCUUUUGAUAAACUCCCUUUGUCCCUAAAAGGUUGUCAAACAUUAUUAAUAGUAUGCAAACUCACAUUUCUCAUUUCAUUUAUCUUUUCAUAACCCUCAUUAUUUUCUACAAGAAUUUUCAUCUUUCUCUUUCCUUAGAGUUGCUUGCUUUGAAAUGUACAAAAAUACAAUUAACAUCACAUUUUACUCUGGAGCUAUGAGGGGUGGAAUAGGAAACCACUAAAAAUUUUUUUGACUCUGUUAAAACAGGUAUACGUUUUGGGACAUCCCAAAAAGGAAUAGUGGACGAUAUUUGUGGGACAGAGGAGGUAAUCUGUUUGGAGCUGUUCUUCUUUAAAGCAUAAUCUAAAAUCUAAUUUCAGAAAAGAAAGUUAUUUCUUUAAAACAUACAAACUUGUCCAGUUUUCUGUCCACAUUGAUGGCUUAUUGGGUGAAUUGGGUCCUGCAAAUGUUUCUCCACAUUGCAUUCCGUUGCAUGUAUUUAUCUGUGCAGAUUGAAAGACAAACUUGUUAUAUUGAUGUUCCAUUCAAACAUGCACAUUUAUAAUUAGUGUCGUAUUUAUGCUUAUAAAUACUAUAUGAAGAAUAUCGAGUUUGUUCUUGUAGGAACUUGAAAAGGCCAUUUGAGAUCAUGUGAAAUCUUACUGACCACUGGGUCAGGAGCAUCCAUUUGCUUACACAUCACCCAGGGAACGCCAGUUUGAAGACUCACGGCCAUAGCUGCAGCCCAACGAACAUAUCUUGGCCCUUUCUCAUGAAAAGCUGCUUCAAUUGUUUGGUACUCAUUCUCAAUCUGUACGCUUGCAACUUUUAGAUCAUUGUAAUCUCAAUUUUUGCAAGGAAAAUAUACUGCAAGUACUUGUGUCAUGGUCUGCACCUGUGAUAUUAUGAUUGGUCCUCCUUGUGAAGCAUAUAAUUUCUCUGACUUCAUCAUGUUCACUAUUUUGGAUACAAACCUCUGCAUGUGAUCCUGCCAUCACCAAAGUGAACACCUUUGUUGUAUAAUCAAUUCUAGUUUGUUUGUAA